AUGUCUAACAGUUACCGUACUCUGUCACAGCACCUCAAUGACCUGAAGAAGGAGAACUUCAGCCUCAAACUUCGCAUCUACUUUCUGGAAGAGCGAAUCCAGCAGAAGUACGAGGACAGCAGCGAGGAUGUGUACAGAACGAACAUCGAGUUAAAAGUAGAGGUGGAGAGCUUGAAGCAGGAGCUACAGGAGAAACAACAGCUCCUUGACAAGGCCUUGAUAACAGCAGAGAGCCUGACCAAUCAUAAUGAGGCAGAGUUGCAGCGAAGGUGCGAGGAGAGGCAGCAGGAGAUUGAUCACAUGCAGGAGGUUCUGCAGACCAAGAUCCAGCUCUUGCAGGAGGAGGCCCAGUUAGCACGCAAUGAGGUGGAGCGCAUGGCCACACUAGCAGAGUCCCGAUCCCAACAUCCCAGUGUUGCCAUGGCUACUGAAAAUACCCCAGGGGACAGGAACUGGAAGCUCACGAGCUUGCCAGCAGACGCAGAGAGGAUCAUUGAGGAGCUAACUGCAGCCGUGCACUCCAAGGAGCGAGCUAUCAGAGAGCUGACGGAAGAGAGGAGUUCUCUGAGAGAGAGAGUCGGAGAACUAGAAGAUCAGUUACAGGACCUCUCUUCUACCCUCCUGCAGAAAGAGAGGGACGCUGAGUUUUACCAGGAGGAGCUGAGCCGUGAGAGACUGCGCAUUCAACAAGAGAUGCAGAAAGUCAAAGAGACUGCUUUGAUCGCUACUACUUUUGAUUUUACACUGGAUUCCAGGAUGAAAGAAGUCUGUCGUAUUUGUGCACGGGAGCUGUGCGGUAACCAACGGCGAUGGAUUUUCCAUCCAGCUGCCAAACUGAACCUGCAAGUGCUGCUUUCACACGCGCUCGGCCGAGAGCUGACGCGCGAUGGCCGGGGCGAGUUUGCUUGCAGCAAGUGCGCCUUCAUGCUCGACCGUAUGUACCGGUUCGACACCGUAAUUGCCCGCGUGGAGGCACUGUCAAUCGAGCGUCUGCACAAACUGCUGCAGGAGAAGGACAGGCUGCGACAAUGCAUCGCUGCACUUUAUCGGAAACACAAUUCUGAAGAGGCCACAGUCAUGACUGGCACGGGGAAAGACUGCACUGUUGAUAUCUCCAGCCUCCAUGACGCCAAGUACUGUGCCCUCCUGCAGGAGGACCUGGUCUACUGCAUGUACGAGUCAUGGGCUGAGGACGAGGAGCAAACUCUUGAGUGCCCCCACCAUCAGUGCCAGAUGUCAGAGGUCUCCUCCUGGCUGCGUACGCGCAGGUGCCGAACGUGUAGAACCUUGCGGGUUGCCGACUCAGACUAUGAAGCCGUCUGUAAGGUGCCGAGGAAGCUGGCCAGGAGCUUCUCCUGUGGGCCUUCCACUAGGUACUCUGCGAGCAUGGUUGGCAGUAAUUUUGCCGAGGAACGCACCUCCUCUGCCACACUAAUGCCAGAGCAGCAGCCCGACAGUGAACAGACCCUGGGUGAGAGAGCAAGUUCCAGCACCUCAGUGGAGUCUCUCGACACAGCUGUUGACGUGGGGCGUAAAGAUGGAGAGGCGGACAGAGAUGGAAGGGAUGAGCAGAACUCUGACUCGCUCUCUGAGGAGCACAUGGGGCCUCCUACAGGCUCCACCGGACCUGGUGGUAAACUGGCUCUAGCCCUCUGCCUGCUGGAAAAUUGUACAUACAGGCCCAUUCAAAGCCCUCGUGGCAGUAGGCUACCAGUCUUGAUCAAACCUACCCCUGCACAUACGAGCAAUAAACCUUGCAACCUAGAGCAGGUCCUCAGAACUGCGUAUGUGGAGGGAGACUGUGUGCUGGGAGAUCUGGAGACCCCCCAUGUCCAGCUGGAUGUGGGUUUGGAGCUGGCGGAGAUGGAGGAGAUGUGGCGGGACACCUAUAUAGAAUAUAUGCCUUUCCGCUUCCAGAAGAGUUUGAUUGAAGAGCAGCAGAGCCAGCUGAACCAGUAUGAGUGUGCAGCUGGUCAGUGUGUUAGCGAGCUGCAGAAGGCUCAGCUUCAAGUCCAGUCCCUGCAGGCCAAGAUCCACGAGAGCGAGACCAACAAUAAGAAGCUGCAGGAGAAGUUAUGUGAGAUGGAGACUGAACUGCGGUCCAUCACACAAGCAGCCCAAAGCCAAGAGAGAACAAUACAGGGGCUGACAGAAUCCCUCAGUACCAAGGACACAGAGGCUCAAGAGCUUUACCAGCUAAUCGAGGCCCAGAAUGCCACAAUGUGUAAACUCAGAGAGAUGGCCCAUCGUAAUCAGUUCCAACAGACACAGGUUCCAGAGGGAGGAAGCGGGUCAGGAACCGAGGUCCAGCUCCAGACCGAGCUUGUGAGGUUGCAGAGUUCUCUGUUCUCCUGCCAGCUGGAACUGGAAGCCAGCCAACGCGCCUAUAGACAGAGCCAGAGACACGCCGAGGAUCUCACUCGCACCAGAGACCGUCUCCAUGGAGACCUGCAAGAUGCUCUGCGCCACCACGAGACCACUGAAAAAUACAACCAGGACCUGCGUGGUACCAUACAACAGCUGCGUGCAGAGUUGCAAAUGAAAGAAGCUCAGCUGAGAGAAAAUGAGACAGAAAAACAUUCACAGCUGAUGGACAGAGACAAGACCAUCACUCAACUUCGGCUGUCCUUACAGGAGAAAGAGAGACUCCUGGAGGAAUACUCUGAGUUGCUGGAACAGCCUGCAGACACCAGCAGACCCCGAGAUGCCCUAUUAGACAAGCUUAGGAGCCGAAUCCGCGACAGAGACAGAGCCCUAGAGCGUUCCAUAGAUGAGAAGUUCCGCUGUCUAGAGGAGAAGGAGACGGAGGUCCACAGGCUGCAGCAAGCGCUCCGAGAAAAGGAGAGAGACCUGGAGAGACUGCGCUGCAUACUCUCCAACAAUGAGGAGACCAUCACGAGUCUGGAUGCUCUGGUGCGAGGUCGGGAACUGGAGUUAGAGCAGACACAGGAGGCUUUGAGGAAACUAAAGUGGCUGAAACAGGAGAGUGAUGAGAGACACGCACAGAGCCUCAGAGAGAGAGACAAUAUUAUCACACAGCUUCAAACAGCACUGCACACACGCAGCAAAGAGGCAGAGGACCUAAGUGCUACUUUGCUGGGGAAAGUGUCAGCAGGGCCCAGUGAGGUGGUUGAAGAGCUGAAAUCUCGUGUGCAGCUGAAGGAGCGUCUGUUUCAGGAACUGUUGGCAGACCGUAGCAGGCAGGCCCAGGAUCAUCACGCACAGAUCCAGGACCUGUUGAACACCAUCAACAACAGAGAUCAGUAUAUCAAGGAGUCUGCUGACCGGCUGGGACAGGUAAUUGCAGAGCGCACUGAGCAGCUGCAGGAGCUGCGCAGGCACCUGGCGUCCCGGGAACGGGAACUGGUCGAGCUGAGCAGGGAGAGAGAGAGGGAGAGAGAGGGAGGGGCUCCGCUGGCCCGAGAGCUAGAGAAACUGCAGAGUUUACUAAGGGAGAAAGAGGCCUUCAUACGGGAGCUGAUGCAAAGCCAGGAGGAUGCACUACCACCUAGCAAUUCAGAGGCCCGACUAGAGAUGCAGGCUGUCAAAGAGGAGCUCCAGCUAGCCUUGAGGAAGCAGAAAGACACCCAGCAAGAACUCACUGCUUUAAGAAAUGCCCUAGCCAAAAGGCAAGAGGACCAUUCCAGUCCUGGCCACCAGAGUGCACUGGAGCAGAUAGUGUCUGAGUACCACAGUCUCAACGAGGCUCUGAGAGCAGAAAAGAAACUUUACCAGAACCUGACCCAGAUCCAGUCCAGAGGAGACAGCAGCGCAGAGAAGAUCCAGACCCUACACACAGAACUGGAUACCGUUCAGGCAUUGCGAGGUCAGCUGGAGGAGAUCCUGACGAGGACCCGAAACACUGCCCUGGCAUUGGACAGGGGAGCUAAGACGCAGGCUGACUUUGGAGAACUCAGCACAGAGGACGAUGAUGAUGAUGAAGACAAUGAAGACGUUGGUAGCAGUGAUGAAUUCACAGACAGUAUAGAAGAUGAUGAGGUGAAUUUGAGUGCUCAAAGAUUGUCUGCUACAAAGGUGAGUACUUUCGGGGAAAAAAUUGAAAGCAAAUUUUCAAAGAACCAAAACAACACAAGAACAAUACUACUAGAUGUGGCAAAGUGGAGAACUGAGGUGCAGCAGCUGGUGGAGCAAAAGAAGACAAUGGAGAGGGAGCUGAGAGAGCUGAAGAGCCAACUCGACAAGGCUGGCGAUUCCUCACUGGCUCAGAUGAGGAACGCUCUACUUAGUCUGCGUGCAGAGAAUGAGGAACUAAAGCGGAACAGAACCGGAACCGGAACCGAGGAUGAAGUGGACGGGCUGAGCAACCAAGACAAACAUCAACCAGACUGUUUUAUAAUCCAUGACGAGGAGGAUGAGGAAGAAGGGGAGGAGGAAGAAGAAGGGGAGGACGAGGAGGAAGAUGAUGAUGAGCAAGAGCAUCAGGACACCUUGCGAACCUCUCAAGGCAAACGCGGGCCCCCGUGUGUGAAGCUGAGGGAGGCGCUAGGUGGGAAGAGGAGGUGCACCAGACCUCACUCCUUAGAUCUGGGCUCAUUACUUUCUGACCAAUCCACCAGCAACAGAGCAACAAAGACAUCCACCGUCUGUAACCGCACCAGUGAAGGGGGUUUCUGGCAGCACGUGGAGGCGGGUCUGAGGGAGCAAGCGGAGCGUCUGCGUGCCGACCUGGCUCUGAGCAGACAGGAGAGCAGAGAGCUGCAGGAGAGACUGAUGGUGUCUGAGGCCACGGUACACGCCCAGGCUGAACAGCUCAAGGACUAUAGAGAACUGCUGACCGAGACAUCGGUGCAGCAGGACAGCAAACAGGUUCAGGUGGAUCUGCAGGAUCUGGGCUACGAGACAUGUGGCCGCAGUGAGAACGAGGCAGAAAGGGAGGAUGCCAGCAGCCCAGAGUUUGAUGACUUAGAGAUGUGUACGUCCCUGUCCCGGCAGGACUACGGCGGCACACGCUGGGGCUGGCAGAAUGACACCAAGCAUGAGGACCCUGCCUCGCUGCAGUCAGUGGUGAAAGACCUGCGGGCACAGCUCUCCCGAUGCCAUAAGGUAAUCCGUAGCCUGCAGCUGCGCGUGCGCUCGCUCUCCGCCACCUCCGACUACGCAUCCAGCCUGGAGAGGACGCCCCGUAAAGUGAACUGGGCCUUCCAGGCGUCGCCGUCUCACAGCGGGCUGGAGGAGGAUGAGGGCUGGCAGUCAGACGGGCCACGGCCCAACAGAGAGCUGCAGGAGCUGGUGUCCCGCGUGGCAUCCCUGGAGAGCCAGCUGAAGAGCACCAGGCUGGAGGGCAAAGGCGUCACGGAGGAUGGCAAAUGUCCCACCUGGCCAGGAAAAUACAACACGUUGAUCCAGGCGCAGGCCCGUGAGCUGUCUCACCUGCGUCAGAGAAUGCGCGAGGGGCGGGGCAUCUGUCACAUUCUGACGCAGCACCUUGGAGAUACCACCAAGGCUUUUGAGGAGCUGUUGCGCGCCAAUGACAUUGACUACUACAUGGGUCAGAGUUUCAGAGAGCAGCUCGCUCAGAGCACUGCGCUAGCCCAGAGAGUCAGCACCAAGAUCAGUGGAAGAGAUCGGUCUGAACUACAUGAUGAUAAAAUGGGCCAUGAGCUUCUAGCCAUACGAUUGAGUAAGGAGCUCCAGCAGAAAGAUAAGAUCAUAGAGUCUCUUCAUACCAAACUCCAGCAACGUCCAGACACUCCUUCCAGUAGCCGCGCUCCCUCAGAGACCACCGACCAAUCAGAUCACACCUCUUUUGUGUCCGAUGAGAGAGGAUCUACCAAUGAGGACCUGGAGUUGUGUUCAGAUGUGGAUGUGGCCAGCGAAUAUGCCCAGGAAGAGACGGGAGAACAGGACCUACAGCCCCUCCUCAGUCCAAAUAAAGCAGGGGAGGGUCAGCCUCAGAGAGGCGUGUCCUUUGAACCCGUGUCCAGCUCCCUGCCCCUUCCUCAGAACUACUGCUGGCCUGACCCUUCAAACUUGGCUCAAUCUGUGCCCAUUGACACCCUGCCUAGUCCUGUCUCCAUGCAUAGGACACUCAGUUCAACAGAGCUUUACAAAUUGCAGGGACUACCAGCUGGAAGUGGUUUCGUUGUCCCACGUGUAAGCACAGCAUCCACCUACUCACUCCCUGCCCAAACCCUAUCCGACACCAAUUAUGGCCCUUUGUCCCAUUAUGCCUUUCACCAACACAAACUGGGUGGCUGCAGCGGAGGGCCCUCUCUGAAGUCUGAGUUAAGCCUGGGGGAGAACAGUGCAUUGUGGGAUAGAGAUGGCAUUCUACAGCCAAUAAGCACCUUCCCUGGAUCGGUAGGAUACCAAACAGGGAGCAGCCACUCAGGCGUGGAGCUGAUUGAGGAGCACCUGCGAGAGAUUCGGAGCCUGCGGCAGCGUCUGGAAGAUUCCAUCAGAACCAAUGAAAGGUUAAGGCAGCAGCUGGAGGACAGACUGACAGCAUCAGGACGAGAUGGGGGUGCAGCCACUAACAUCUAUAUCCAAGGCCUUGACACUGUCAGUCAGCUGUCCAAUGAAAUCCGUCUUCUGAAAGAGGAGAACCUUAAUCUCCAGUCAAGACUUCAGGCUAGCAGAGACAGCAGUGAGGAGUUGGAGCAGCUGCGGGAGGCAGUGCUGUCUGGGCAUGUACGUUUGAAGCAAGCAGAGUUAGAGGCUAAUCAGUGGAAAGAGGAGUUAAGGAGACUGCAGACACACAGCUGCGAGCAAAGCCAACAGAUCCAGCAACUCAGAGCAGAAAGGCAGAGCAGCCAGGAAUGCACAAACAGACUGCAGCAUGAGGUGAGUUUGCUCCAGCAGCAGCUGUCUGAGAGCAGACAGCUUUUGCAUUCUCUGCAAAGUGAACUCCAGCUCUAUGACAGAGUGUGUGGAAGCAGUAAGAGUUCCCCAGCAGGGUACCUAGCUGAGGUGAAGUACCCUAGUAUUCCUGCUGUGGAGCUGAGUGAGUUGCUGGUGGAAGUUAAGGGACUCAGGACGCAGUUGGAGCACAGCGUACAAGAGAACAGUGCCCUCAGAAGCCAGCUGCAAAAACAGCUGGAGCAACAGUUUUCUGCUGGGGGCAUGGAGCCCCGGCCCUCCCCCAUCCCCGCUAGCCCCCUUCGGGAUGGCAUCUACAGAAGGCAGCUUCUGCAUGACCCAGCUCCCUCUCCCCCAGUCAGAGACACUGGACUCUUUCACUCAGGAUCACCAUACUCACCCUACUCAGAGCUGGAGGAAGCUUCACUCUCAACUAAUGAUGCGUUAGACCCUCAUGCUUACCUGGAAGGAGAAGCCCCAGACGGCUCUUUUGCCAACCGUAACGGCCGCCAUGCCAUCGGACACGUGGAUGACUUCAGCGCCCUGCAGCAACAGGUUAUGGAGGGCAGGGUUCUGGUCCAGAGGAUGGAGGCGGCACUGCAGUCCUGCCUCAGUAUGGCCCUGCUGGAGGUCAAUGCUAACAAGGGUCUAGACUAUAGCUGUGUGAAAACACUACUGUCAAACACUAAGACUCUGAAGCAGAUCUUAGAAGAGGCCAUCUCAUUGCUAAAGAUGUUCUGGAGAGCAGCUCUCCCCAGCGCGGACAGCUCCAUCCAGAACAUGAAAAAGGAGCAGACCAUGAUGGAGGAGAUCCAUUCGUUGCGUAUGAGGAUUUCAGAACAGGAGGAGGUUCUGCAGGGCACCAUUCAGAGACUGAGGAGCACUAACCGCACUAAGGAGAGCAUGGAAACCUUCAUCGUCAACCAGCUGUCGAGGACUCGUGAUGUGCUGAAAAAAGCUCGUGCCAAUUUAGAGAAGAAUGAGCUCAGGAUUUCCUCCCUAAGCUCCUCCUCUUCCUCCCUUUGCCAUGGUAAAGACGUCAAAGGUGCCAAAACCGGGUCUUCUGAUUGGAGUCUCGUGAGCCCUACGACCUCUGAGACCACCGCGGAAACAGCCAGUCUGCGGCCCGCUAAGAAACGUGGCAGGGAGUGCCUUCUCCAGGUGGUCUCAUGUUAA